AUGAAAGCGACGCGCCGCAAAGAAAGCUCGUUCCAGAGGUUGUGGCAGAUCUGUGCCGACGCGGGCGACAUCUUCCUGGGCAAGUAUGAGGGUUGGUACGACGAACGGGAGGAGAAGUACGUUACCGAUAGCGACGCAGAGCUUGCCGACUUCAAGGAUGCCUUUGGAUCCCCCUUGAAGCGCAUGAGCGAGGCCUCUUACUUCUUCAAGAUGGGCAAGUAA